AUGUCAUCAACACAAACACCAGGAGAACUUGAAACAAUUAGAAAAUAUAUAACACCAAGUUUGAAAGAAUACAAAGGGUUUUCAGUUCCUGAUAUCCAACAAUCAACACCAAGUAAUAACAAAAACAAACCACACAUCAUAACACCAAGUGGGGAAAUCGUUGAUAUAAAUUACAUUGUUAAUGCUAAAAAUGUACCACACAACUUAUCAGCUAUUCCAUCUCGACCACAACCUGAUAAUUAUCCUACAUUUGAAGAAUAUGAAGCUGCUUGGGUAGAAUGGAAAAAUAAAACAGAAGCCUUUGCGUCAUAUUACAGAUUACCAAAACCUAUUGGAUCAGAACUUUAUAUCCCAUCUACAAGUAACCUCCCAUUAACUAAAGACCCAUGGGAUUCAAUUCUUAUUCCACCAGAGCCAAGUGUUGUAGAUUUCGAUUCAUAUGAAUCAUAUAGAAGUGCUGUUGAACGAUGGAUCAAAGAAGUUUCAAGUGCAGGAUUUCUCCCACCACAUGCAUCAGAAAUUGAAGCAGCGUUAAUGGUAAAGAUGUCAACAGAAAGAAAAUCAGAUGUAGCACAACUAACAGAAAUUAUGUCAGCUGAGUAUGAAGGUUUUCAUGAAGACCAAUUAUUCUCACAAACAACAGAUUGUUUCCAUAUUUCUAAUUGUGCUAGACAACCAGUUCGUAAGAGCUUUAUUGAUAAUUCUAAAUUUAAAGAUGAGUUAAGAGGUGCAUUAGCAUUAUCUAAAUUAGAAAAUAUUUUUGUUGUUCCUGAGAAACAAUUUAAUGAACCUCAAGAUGUUCUUGUUGCACAAGCAGUUGGUAUUUCAUUAAUGAAUAUCCUUACAAGAAAAACUCAAAAUAAAGAGGAAAAAACAGCUAAAGAUGAAUUACUUUUUAAAGCAAACAAGGCUUCUUCUAUAUUUGAUGUCAUUGUUGAAGCAGCUAGAUUAAGUGAAAAGAAUCCUAAUAAAUGUUCAUUAAAGAAAGAUGAAAAUAUUACUAUUGCUAUUAAUACAGUGAAAAAUGAAAGACCUGCAUUUAAUGCAAUGUAUAAAUUGUUAUUCUUCCCAAUGAGUAUUAAUGACUUUAAUGCAGUGUUAGACACAAGUAUAGAAGGAAGAACUAUUAGAGAUAUAUUUAAAGAAUGUUUAAAUUCACCAAAUAUUAUUUGGUUCUUUAAAUUUUCAUUACAAACUAUUUGUCCAUUUACUCUUGCUAAAUUAGCUUCAUUUGGUAAAGAAGUACUUCUUCAUUAUGGUAAAACUCCUAUUGCACAAUUUAUUAUUGGAAAUAAAGAACUUUCAAUGAAUGAAAAACUUGAAACAUUAUAUGCCGCUUCAAGACUUGUUACAUAUGGAAGUUAUGAUGUUUUUGAAUUACAUUUUGAUUUAAUAGAACAAAUGAAACAACUUAUCCCAUGUGGAGAUACAAUUGAAAUGAUUCAUAUGACAUAUUAUCUUUCUCUUAUUGCAAAUAGUACAUCUAAAGAAUCUAAUUUAAAAGACCUUGUUAAAAGUAGUGUUACAAUGUUGUCACAAAAAGACGGUGAUAUAUUAAAAUUAUUUAGUGAUAUUCCUGAAGCAAUGAAAGUACCAGAAAUUGCACCAUUAGCUAUGUUCUGUUUACAACAAAUAAUUGGAAUGGGAGAUGUACAAGUAAUGAGAUAUUUACAAACAUUAAAACGAUUUACUACAACAGAUGUUAUUCAAAGAAUUAUCAAAACAGAGUUUUAUUAUUCUAGUUAUUGUGCUCAUUUAGUUCUUCAAAAAAUUAUGUGUACAAAAGAUUGUCGUUGUCAAUUACUUGAACAACUUACUUCUCGUGAUUCUCUAUCUUCAUUUAAAUUAAUGAUAAAUUCAAGAACCCCUGAUGAGUUCAUUCAAAUGAUUUGUCAAGUAGUAAGAUUUGCAAUUAAAGAAUGCGCAAGAAUUACAAGUAAUGAUGCUUUUUGGAAAGGGUUUACUGGUGAUUAUUUCUUUGCAGACAUUUGUUUACCAAUGUUAAAAGAAGCUGUAGAUACUGAUAAUGAAAUAUUUAUGAAAGAAAUAAUUGGUGUUAUUAAAACAUUAUUAAAACAAAGUCUUCUUAAUGAUAAACUUGGAAGUAAUUGUACUGGCACAUCUGAUAAAUUUGAGUCACUUGAAGUAUCAUCUGGAAGUCUUGAUAACAUUAUACAAAUUGUUAACAAAAUAGUAACUGAUCCAACUAUGAAAAAGUAUCAUAAUAAAACAUUAUUUGCACAUUUGAUUGAUUGCCUUAAAUAUAUUUAUUCUGUUCAAGAACAAUGUGAAUUAAUUUCAGAUAAUAAACGAUUAUUUGUCAAUGUAGCUAUUUCUUCUUCUGUUCGUGAUAUGAAAGAAAAAAUAGAACCAAAAUUAUUAAAUUCAAUUUUAGAUAUGUAUGCUACUAUUUUAAGAGUACUUGGACAACAUCCACCAAAAGAACCUACUCCAAAUCAACCAUUAACUAGUGAGGAAAUAGCUAAACAAGGACAAAUGCAAGAUUUCUUUGAUAAAUUAUUUACUGCAGUUAUUAGAAUGAAAAGUAAAUCAAGUAAUACUAAUAAAUUAUGGAAUUAUGUAAGUUUCUAUGCUAAAGAAGCUAGUGUUUAUCAUUGUAAAAUUGUAUUACGUUUUGUUUUUAAUUUAAUUCAAAUUGCAUUUACUUCACAACAUAAAUUACUUACUGAUAAUAUUAAACGAUUCUUAGCUGAAACUAUGUUUGAAGAAACUACUGCACUUAAAAUGUUAAUGCAACAACUUGGUAAUACUGAUAUUACUGCAAGAGAUAUUAUGUCAUACAAGAAAGGAUAUAAUUGUAUUUCUUAUCCAAGUGUUAUGAAUGUAGCUGGAAUCAUUUCUGUUUAUCAAAUUAAUAAAAAAUUAGUAAAGAAAUUAGGAGAAGGAAAAAAUCAAUACUUAGACGUUGUUGCAGAAACAGGAAAGAAAGCUAUUGAUUCUAAAUCAUUAAUUCUUUCUAUUGAAGAAACAAACAAAAUUAGAAAAUUAUUUGUUUGUGAUAAUGGUAAAAGAAUUGAUUCAUUCAUUGAAACAACACAAAAAGAAUAA